AUGGCUCUACAAGCCGGUCUGCGCCCACUCCUGCCGACGACUCAUCACCUGAGUCCGCUCCUCUGCCGCGAGUCCAUCAACGGCACCGACUCGGCCCACCUGGAGGCCGCGCCCCCGACUCGGCAAUGUCACCUCCAGGACGCCGCCUACAUGCGCACCUUGGCCCUGUGCAUCGAGCGCGGCUGCGCGCGGGACGGCGGCGCACCCGUCUACCGUUCGGCCAUCGAGGACUACUGGGAGGGCCAUCUGGCCACGGGCAGCGUGGGGGAUCGAUCCCCGGCCAUGCAGCCGAUCCGGUCGUACGGCGAGACGCUCCGGUUGGCGCAUCAGGACAUGGACGUCAUCGGGAGGGAGAACAUGCUGACGGCCGUGAACCGGCAGCCCAUUAACCAGACGAGCUUGAUCGACGAGGCUGCGUGGUUGUCGAGCUACAACGGGCAACACUCGUUCCAGGAGGCCGAAUUCGGCCACGGCGCAAACAGCCUCAUCAUUGCCAUCACAACCUGCGCCAUCCCCAUCCUCUUCAGUCUCUUCCGCUUCCUCCCCGCCCACUCCGUCACCGCCUCGCGCAUCUCCGUGUGGCUCGACCAGCCCUUCUGGGGCCACCGCUACCGCGUCCCCGUCGCAGGCAACGCGGGCAUCAUGCCCACCCGCAGCCAGGCCCUCUUCAUCGCCUACAUCCUCCUCACCAACAUCUUCCUGGCCAUCUUCCCCCUGCACCUCGUGCAGCCCAACUACAUGGCGCCGACGCGGGCGCAGCAGAUCGUCUUCGUCAUCGGCGACCGCACCGGCGUGCUCGCCAUGGCCGACUUGGCCGCCCUCUUCCUCUUCUCGUCGCGCAACAACAUCCUCCUCUGGCUCACCGACUGGAGCCACUCGACCUUCCUCCUGCUGCACCGCUGGGUCGCCUACGCCUGCAUCAUGCAGGCCGUCGUGCACUCGGUCCUCAUGCUGGUCCUGUACGACCGCUUCCACGGCACCCACGCCUCCGAGUCGCAGCUCGACUACUGGGUCUGGGGCAUCGUCGCCACCCUCGCCUUCGUCCUCAUGUGGCCCGCCGCCCUGCCCCCCGUGCGCCAGAGGGCCUACCAGAUCUUCCUGUCGGCGCACCAGGUCCUCGCCGCCCUGGGGCUCGUCGCCACCUUCCUCCACAUCUGGUACCUGUUCGAGUAUAGCUGGGGCUACGAGAUUUGGGUGUACGUCGCUGGCGGGAUGUGGUUCCUCGACCGCGCCCUUCGCCUCGUGCGGGUGGCUGCCAACGGCGUCAGGACGGCGACCGUCACUUGUGUCGCGGGGUCCGAGGGCCACGGCGACGGCAACGGCGACGGCGAGUACCUCCGCGUGGAAAUCGAGGGCGUGGCGGCGGAGGGCCAUGCGUACCUCUACUUCCCGACCCUGUCCUGGCGGGUGUGGGAAGCGCACCCCUUUUCCGUACUGUCAUCCUUCGCCGGGUCGUCGUCGUCGUCGUCGUCGUCGUCUGCUGCUGCUGCCGCUGCUUCGAAUUUGCCGUCACACGUAGGACCAAGCAAAGAGAUCCCGGCAUCCUCGUCCUCGGCAACGGAUGUGGAAAAGUCGGCCCCUCAGACGACGCAUCGGACAAGGAGCUCGGCGUCGUCCGGCAAAGACGCCGUACCGGUAACCACCACCACCACCACUGCGACUGCGACUGCGACUGCAACAGGACCCGUCCGACCCUGUACCGCCCUCCUCAUGCGAACCCUGUCCGGUGCGACCCAGCUCCUCGCCGCCAAGGCGGCAGGCGGCACCAUCACCCUCCCCGUGCUCGUCGAGUCGUCGUACCACGCCAACCCGGCGGCGCGCAAACUGGACCGCUGCGCCUCCCUCGUUUGUGUUGCGGGCGGCGUGGGCAUCACGGCCGUUCUACCCCUUGCGCGGCGCUUCGGUGGCCUCCGAACCAGGUUGGUAUGGGGCAUGCGGUCGGAUGACUUGCUGCGGGCUGCGGCGCCCGAGUUGGAGCGUCUGUCGUCGGAUCGGCCCGGGAUAGAGGUUGAGACGAGUGUCGGGGUGAGGUUGCCUAUUGCUGAGAUUUUGAGGGCUGAGCUGCUUAGGGAAGACGAGGUGGGGGAUAUCGGUAUUGCUGUGUGCGGACCGCCGGGGAUGGCGGAUGAGUGUCGGCGAGUGAUCGGGGAGGUUGUGGGCAGGGAGAAGGUCAAGAGGGGGGUUGUGCUUGUGGAUGAGGCUUUCAGUUGGUCCAUCUCCCACCGACCGCAUGAGAUGUCAACACAUCAACAACAACAGCUGGACCUUCCAUAUAUAUCCCAAGACACUUCCACGUAUUAUCUCUUCCUACAUGGGCUGCUUCUGCAUAUCAACUGGGGCGUAAGGUAUGUAAGACUAUCGUCGUCCAAGGCCAGGGGAUCAACGCUGCCAACCCCCCACGUUGGGCUUGGCAUGAAGACACACGCGGCGCAUGCUUUUGUGACGCUUGAGCCGGAGGGGAUCGAUUCGUAUGCGGCGUUUAAUAUCUUGCCUGUCGAUGUAGGCCAUGAAUAUCCGGUCUACCGGCAUCAGCGUCACCGUCCAACGGUCCGUCCGGAGAACAUUGCAACUUUCAUAUCUUCGCUGCCCUUUCAAGGAACAGCGCUCCUUGUCGUCAAAGAAGAACAAGGACCAAAAUUCCACCCCUCCAUCACAAUGUCGUCUCCCUCGUCUCCCUCCCCCCGACGCCCCCGGCCCAUGCAAAUCCUCAGCCUGGGCCUCCCAAGGACAGGCUCCUACUCCAUGUGCCUAGCCCUCACAAAGCUCGGCUACCAAAACGUCUACCACGGCCUCCAAGCCGUCGACUCCCCCUCGGACUGGCAACACAUGGGCCGCGCCGCCGACGCCCUGUUCCCUUCCCUCCCGUCCUACAACGGCCGCGGCAUGACCACGGAAACCUGGGACGAGCUCUUCGGGCCCUGCGACGCCGUAACCGACGUCGCCGGCCCCUUCGCCGAGUCCCUGCUGCAGUGCUACCCGGACGCCAAGGUCGUCCUCGUGCUGCGCGACUUUGACAAGUGGUGGCCGUCCAUGCAGACCAUCCUCACCGCCAUUUUCGGCCCCCUGGCCAACGUUUUCCGCGACUACCUGGAGCCCCUGGCCGGCAACGCCGGCACGACCCGCCAGGUGCAGAAGAUCAUGGGCGGCUGGAUGGGCUUGCCGGGCCUCGGACCGGGUGAUGGCGCCGACGUCGUCCUGGCCUCCCUUACGGAGGAGAAGGGCAGGGAGGUGUAUGACCGGCACAACGACUUGGUGAGGCGCCUCGUCCCGCCCGAGAGGUUGUUGGUCUACCGCCUGGGGGAGGGCUGGGGGCCUCUCUGCGAGUUUUUGGGCAAGGAUGUGCCUGGAGAGCCUUUUCCUCAUGGGAACGAGGCGGCUGCUAUGAGGAGGACCAUCCUGAACGCGCAGCUGCGGACUUUUCGGCGUGCUGUUGUCGGGGCCCUCCCGUAUCUUGUUGGCGCUGUCGCCUUGGGAGCUGGCCUCUGGCUGGCAUGGGAUAGAUUUUGA